CGCAACUAAGUCGACGGUUUACGUCUAAGCCUCCACGAAUCUGUGCAUCUCAGUUCGAGAAAAAACGCUCGCAUUAAUGCCGGAAAAAUCGUUCCGAUGAGUGUAAAAAAUAUUUUUAAUGCGAAAAAGUGAAAAAGAAGACUUUUAGGUGAUUUUGUGAUUUAUUAUCUGCAUCAUCAAGAAGACAUUUGUCUUUUUUCAUAAUUACGGGGAUUUUUCAAUUGGGGGUUGAUUUUAAAGCAAAUUUUCAUCAGAUCGACGAUAUUUAUUAAAAGAGAUUUUCAAGAGUCUCAAGGGGAUGAGGGAAGGAUUUUGAAUAGGGGCUAAUUUGUAAGAUAGACUCGGGGAUUCAGCAACAGAUUGCGCGAGCGAGCAUAUAGAAACAACUCGGAAUUCUCCAGCUGAUCUCUGCAUUGACGACCGAGUACAAUUUCUCUCACACAAACUCAAGUUUGUUAUCCAACGCGAUAACACCGUUGUUCUGCUACCGGUUUCCUUGAGCUUGAGCAGAUCCGCCAAUCGGAGAGCGGCUUCCCCACCCCUAUCGCCACCCAGCGACUCUACCAACCGGCCGAUAAAAUGAAUGAAAAUGAUAAGUCAGUCAAGUGCGAGAACUCCACGACGGAGGAGGAAGACAUGGUCGAACGCGAGUUGGCCGAGGAUGCCGAGUGGAAGAGAAUCCAGCAAAACACCUUCACUAGGUGGGCCAAUGAACACUUGAAAUGUGUCAGCAAACAUAUCGGCGACCUCGAGAGCGAUCUUUCAGAUGGUCUCAGGCUCGUCAGUCUACUCGAGGUUCUUGCGCAAAAACACCUUCCAAAGCACAAUAAACGACCGAACUUCCGAUCCCAGAAAUUGGAGAACGUUUCUGUGGCUCUCAAAUUCCUUGAGGAUGAGGGCAUCCGCAUUGUAAACAUUGAUUCCACAGAUAUUGUCGACUGCAAAUUGAAAUUGAUCCUAGGCUUAAUAUGGACUUUGAUUCUUCAUUAUUCUAUUUCGAUGCCGAUGUGGGAUGGCGACGAUAUGGAAGGUCCAGACAAAGGUGCAACACCGAAACAGAGGCUGAUGCAUUGGAUCCAGUCGAAGGUCCCAGACUUGCCGAUUUCGAACUUCACCUCAGACUGGAACGAUGGUCGGGCUGUUGGUGCCUUGGUGGAUGCUGUUGCCCCUGGUCUAUGUCCAGAUUGGCAGGAUUGGAAUCCCAAGGAUGCGGUCCAGAAUGCAUCAGAAGCCAUGGGCCUGGCUGACGAUUGGCUCAAUAUUCCUCAGCUGGUUAAACCAGAGGAUAUGGUGAAUCCAAAUAUAGACGAAAUGUCAAUGAUGACAUACCUUUCGCAAUAUCCAAAUGCCAAAUUGAAAACUGGAGCACCCCUGAGGCCCCGUACAAAUCCAAACAGCAUCCCCCCGCCGCGAGUUCGUGCUUACGGACCAGGAAUCGAACCUACGGGUCCAAUUAUUGGUGCACCAGCCAAUUUCACCGUCGAGACUUUCUCAGCUGGCAAAGGGAAGGUGGAUGUAUCUGUUGAUGACCCCAAGGGCAAUAAGCUUCCAGUGAACAUUAAAUUCAACCAGGACAGGAACCUCACUUACUCAGUUUCCUAUACACCAAAAUCCGAAGGACCGCAUAAGGUCAAGGUUCUCUUCGCAGGAAGGGAAAUACCCAAAAGUCCGUACCCAGUAAUGGUAGAAGGUCAUGCGGGAGAUCCCAGCAAGGUUACAGCAAGUGGACCUGGUCUUCAGCCAGUUGGUAACGUAAUAAAUAGGCCAACCUACUUCGACGUAUUCACCAAGGAUGCUGGUCGAGGUGUACCAGAAGUCAUUGUCCUCGAUCCACAGAAAAACACAAUACCAGCAAAGUUACGUCAAACCUCUCCGGAUGUUUGGAGAUGCGAAUACGUGUCACCUGUACUUGGUUUACAUUCUGUAAACGUCUUCUUCGCUGGUAAACUUAUACCCGGAAGCCCCAUGGGUGUUAAUAUUGCACCAGUCUCUGAUGCAAAAAAAUGCAGGGCCUAUGGGCGAGGACUUCUAUCCAAUGGUGUUCGGGUUAAAGACGAUGCUGAUUUUGUUAUUACAACCAAGGACGCUGGAGAAGGUGUACCGGAAGUGAGAGUGAUUGGUCCGGGCGGAGUAAAUUUACCAGCACAGUUGACGAAAGUGGACGCGACGACUUACAAUUGCGUCUACAAUCCAGUGAAGGAUGGUCGACAUGUGGUAAUGGUGACCUAUGGAGGCAAGGAAAUCCCCAAAUCUCCCUUUGAAGUCAACGUAGGUCCCUACAAAGAAUCAGCAAUCCGAGUUUUCGGACCUGGAUUGCACGGAGGCGUAGUUGGACAUCCCGCCAAAUUCACAGUCGAUACAAAUGGGGAAACUGGAGCACUCGGAUUUUCUAUCGAGGGUCCAUCUAAGGCAAAAAUCGACUGUGUUGAUAAUGGGGAUGGAACUGCGGAUGUUUCAUACUUACCGACAGCUGCAGGACCUUAUGCAGUGCACAUUCUCUGUGAUGGCGAAGACAUCCCUAAAUCACCAUACAUCGCCAACAUUGUUCCAAAGUCUGAUUUUGAUCCGGAUAAGGUUGAAGUUCACGGACCAGGAAUCCAACCAGAUGGUGUUCCAUCAAACAAGCCAACACACUUCACCGUUGAUUCAAGAAAAGCUGGUCAAGCACCAUUGGAAGUUAAAAUUCAAGACGGUCUUGGACGCGUAGUUCCGCUAAAAGUGGAUGACAAACGUGAUCGAACUAUUCAAUGCCAUUAUACACCUACUUCUGGAUCUCAACAUGUUGUGAUGGUAAACUAUGGCGGAGUCGCUACCAAGAAAUCGCCUUACAGAGUCAAAGUCAUCGCUCCACUAAAUCCAGCUUUGGUAUCAGCAUUUGGUCCGGGACUGGAAAAGAACGUGAAAUCAAACUUGCCCACGCAUUUCAAUGUUAAUUGCCGCGAGGCAGGUCCAGGAGAAUUAGACGUGAUCAUGAAAAAUCCGGAGGGACGUGAUGUUCCUAUUUCGCUAACUGACAACGAGGAUGGAACUUAUACGGUUGACUAUGUUGCACCUACGCCUGGUCCAUACACCGUCAAUUUAAAUUACGGAGGACUCAAAGUACCUAACACUCCAAUUAAAGUCGAUGUCCAACCCCAUGUAGACGUGUCGAAAAUUAAAGUGGAUGGACUCUCACCAACCGCACCGGUGAACAGCCUGCAGCAAUUCCGCGUGAUAACACCACCGGAGGUGGCCAAGGUGGCGGAAUUCCAAGUGGCAAUCACAACACCUUCUGGACACCGCAUUAAAGCCCACGUGAUGCCAAGCCAUGACGGCUACCUGGUCAACUUCACACCCACCGAACUCGGCGAAUACCUUCUUGGCAUAAGCUUCGGUGGUGAGCCUAUUUCUCCCUAUCCAUACCGUUUGACCUGCGUCCACGGAAGUGACCCCAGCAAGGUUCGAGCUUCUGGCCCUGGGCUCUCGGAGGGCACGGUCAAUCAGCAUGCCCAAUUUAUAAUCGACACUCGAGGUGCUGGCCAGGGUGGCCUGGGCGUCACAGUCGAAGGACCUUGUGAAGCUGCUAUCAAUUGCAGGGACAACGGAGAUGGCACUUGCUCAGUUGCCUACUUACCAACCGAACCUGGCGAUUAUGGCAUCAAUAUCGUGUUCAAUGAUCAACAUAUUCCUGGCUCACCCUUUCAGGCUAUCAUCAUUCCAGAUGCAGACCUCACCAAGAUCAAGGUCUCCGGAAAUGGGAUUCAGGCUCACGGUCUCAAUAUUUAUCAACCGACAGAGUUCACUAUUGACACAAGAGCCAUCCCAAAAACUAAGAAUGACGAUAACAAGGUUUCUUGUUCAAUUAACAAUCCAAGUGGCGGAGUGACAGAAAAGGUUAUCACACCUCAAGUGGAUGGAACAUACCGAGUCGCCUACACUCCCUUCGAAGAAGGACGUCAUACAAUUGACAUUCUCUAUGACAAUGUCCCAAUUCCAGGGUCUCCAUUUUCUGUCAACGUCAAACGAGUCAGCGAUGCUGGCAAAUGUCGUGCUUUUGGCCCAGGUCUCGAUAAAGGAAUCGUUAAUAAACCAAACAACUUUACUGUCGAAACAAAAGAUGCUGGUACUGGUGGUCUUGGACUUCAAAUUGAAGGACCCAGUGAAGCAAUAGUGAAAUGCAAGGACAAUUACGAUGGUUCUUGCAGUGUGGAAUACGUUCCUAGCGAGCCUGGCGAUUAUGAUGUGAGCAUUAGAUUCGCUGAUAAACACAUACCCGGCUCUCCAUUCAGAGUCCCAGUAGAAAUACAGACAAGUGCAAAGGCUGUCACAGCCCACGGACCUGGUAUCGAACCCAAUAAAGUGCGGGAUGGCGUCCCCGCUAAGUUCAUCGUCGACACUUCGAAAUCAGCUCCUGCACAAUUGGACGUUAAAGUGAAAACUGACAGAGGACAGAUUGGAAAACCAGAAAUCAAGAGUCGCGGCGGUGGCGUCUACGAAGUAACUUAUCAACCUUCCCAAGCUGAUAGCAAUGUACAGGUUGAUGUCAAUUACGGAGGAGAACCUAUCAGUGGAAGUCCAUUCAAAGUCAAGGUCAAUCCAUCUUGCGAGCCUAGCAAAGUUGUUCUUGCCGGUCCUGGAGUGUCUCCUGCUUGCACUGCCUCCUUCCCUACCGAUUUUACUGUAGAUACUUCUAACGCUGGAUAUGGCGAUCUGGAAGUUCAAGUUCUGGGGCCAGAUCAAGUUCCUUGCCGAGUUGCAAUUGAAGAUCUUGGCAACGGGAAGUACAAGGCAAGUUAUUUGCCUGAUGAUUGCGGUCGCUACAAGAUUAAUGUCAAAUAUGGAGGACAAGAAGUUCCAGGAAGUCCUGUGAAUGUGCAAAGCGUCUCUACUGGUAAAGCAGAUCAGUGCAAAAUCAAAGAGGGAGUUCAGCAAACUUUGGCACAGGGUGAAGAAUACUGCAUCACUGUUGACACUGAAAACGCUGGCCGCGGUGCUGUCACGUGCCGCAUCCGUUCCACAUCUGGAAGUGAAGAUGUGGAUAUUGACAUUCAGGACAACGGCGAUGGCACCGUCGACAUUUAUUACACAGUAGCUGAUGCUGGUGAAUAUACAUUAAGUAUAAAGUUCGGCGGCCAGCCAAUACCCGAUGGCUUCUAUACUUUUACGGCCUCAGAGGAGUAUAGAGAACACAGCACUCACAAAACUCGCCGAGCCAAGAAAACUAAUCAAAGCCAAGGCCAGCACGUAGUAGAACAACGUAGUUCCAGUAUCCAGGAGAGUGUAAGCGUGACAAAGCGUAGCACUACAAAAGAUACUUUACAGAAAAAGUUCAACGUUGUUCGACUGAGUAACAUCCCCUUACCAUCUACUGGUGGCAAAGUAACAUCUGAAGUAAAAAUGCCCAGUGGAAACGUUGAUAAGCCUACUAUCGAGGAUAAUCACGAUGGCACUGUCUCUCUGAAGUACGAACCAAGAGAAGAAGGUCUUCAUGAAAUCACUGUAAAGUUCAACGGUGAACAAGUUCAAGGUUCUCCAUACAAGUUCCACGUGGAUUCCCUAGCCAGUGGAUAUGUAACGGCCUAUGGUCCUGGCUUGAUCUAUGGUGUGUGUGGUGAGCCAGGAAACUUCACAAUCUCCACUAAAGGCGCUGGCGCCGGUGGUCUGUCUUUAGCAGUAGAGGGUCCCAGCAAAGCUGAAAUAUCUUGUCAUGACAACAAAGAUGGAACUGUGUCAGUUUCGUAUUUGCCCACGGCACCUGGAGAAUAUAAAAUCACCGUCAAGUUCGGAGAUAAACACAUCAAAGGCAGUCCCUACGUUGCAAAAAUCACUGGCGAAGGUCGCAAGAGAAAUCAGAUAUCGGUAGGAUCGUCCAGCGAGGUGCAACUUCCUGGAAAGGUAUCGGACGCCGAUAUCCGAUCACUAAAUGCUUCCAUUACAGCCCCAAGUGGCUUGGAAGAGCCAUGCUUCUUGAAGAAGCUGCCCAGUGGCAACAUGUGCGUGUCUUUCACACCUCGAGAAUCCGGAGAACACGUAGUCGCGGUUAAGCGAAUGGGCAAGCACAUUGCUAACUCCCCAUUCAAAAUUGACGUCAAGGACCGCGAGGUGGGUGACGCCAAGAAAGUCAAGGUGACUGGUAGCAGUCUCAAGGAAGGUAAAACACACGUCGAAAAUACUUUCUCCAUCGACACCAGAAAUGCCGGAUAUGGUGGGCUCUCUCUGUCCAUGGAAGGACCCAGUAAAGCUGAGAUUCAGUGUAAGGAUAAUGAGGACGGUACACUUAAUAUUUCAUACAAACCCACCGAGCCUGGCUACUACAUUAUGAAUCUCAAAUUCGCUGAUCAUCAUGUCGAUGGUUCGCCUUUCACGGUCAAGGUUUCUGGCGAAGGAAGCAAUCGACAAAGGGAGAAGAUCCAAAGACAGAGGGAAGCAGUUCCUAUUACGGAAGUUGGUAGUCAAUGCAAGCUCACUUUCAAAAUGCCCGGAAUCACCUCUUUCGAUCUCUCGGCUACGGUAACCUCUCCUGUUGGCAUCACUGAGGAUGCGGAGGUCAAGGAAAUCGAAGAUGGCCUUUACGCAGUGGCUUUCGUACCUAAGGAGCUUGGAGUUCACACAGUUUCUGUUAAAUAUAAGGAAAUGCACAUCCCAGGAUCACCUUUCCAGUUCACUGUGGGUCCCUUGAGAGACGGUGGAGCUCACAGAGUUCACGCCGGAGGUCCUGGACUCGAGAGAGGUGAACAAGGUGAGCCUUGCGAAUUCAACAUAUGGACGAGAGAAGCUGGCGCUGGAACUCUUGCGGUGUCCGUCGAGGGUCCAAGCAAGGCUCAAAUUGACUUCAAAGACCGCAAGGAUGGUAGUUGCUAUGUUAGCUACGUUGUUUCUGAACCAGGUGAAUAUAGGGUAGGAAUUAAAUUUAAUGACCAGCAUAUUCCUGACUCGCCACACAAGGUUUACAUGUCACCAGCAAUGGGAGAUGCGCAUAAGGUUGAGGUAGCUCAAUUCCCUGAGAGCGGUGUGCAAAUCGACAAGCCAACCACUUUCCUUGUUCGCAAAAAUGGCGCGAAAGGAGAACUCGAUGGAAAGAUCGUUUCUCCAAGUGGGGUUGAAGACGAUUGCUUCAUUCAAGCAAUUGACUCUGAGGAAUAUUCGGUGAGGUUCAUGCCGCGUGAAAACGGAGUUCACAAUAUCCACCUUAAAUUUAACGGGGUUCACAUAAACGGAAGUCCGUACAGAGUCAAGGUCGGAAAAGUUGACGCAGAUCCAGCUGCCAUUCACGUUUAUGGAAACGGUUUGUCUGAAGUUAAAACCGGACAAAAGACGGACUUUAUCAUUGACACGUGUAAUGCUGGACAUGGAGCUCUCGGAGUCACUGUGGAUGGUCCCAGCAAGGUAGCCAUGGACUGUACUGAAGUUGAGGAAGGAUACAAAGUUAGGUACACACCUUUGGUACCCGGAGACUAUUAUAUCAGUAUCAAAUACAAUGGAUAUCACACAGUUGGUUCACCCUACAAAGUACAAGCGACAGGAAAAGAUCUUGCUGAAAGAGGAGCACAAGAAACGAGUACUAUUGUCGUGGAGACCGUUCAGAAAAUUUCGAAAUCCAAAAAUGCAGGUCCAGUCCUUCCUCGCUUCAAGUCAGAUGCCAGUAAAGUAACGAGCAAGGGCAUGGGUUUGAAGAAAGCUUACUUGGGCAAGCAGAAUCAAUUCACAGUCAACGCUGGUGACGCCGGUAACAAUAUGUUAUUCGUCGGUGUAUAUGGACCCAAAGGACCAUCUGAGGAGGUUUUCGUGAAGCAUGCAGGACGUAAUAACUACAACGUAAGCUACUUAGUUCGCGAACGAGGCGAGUACAUAGUUAUUGUCAAAUGGGGCGACGAUCAUAUUCCUGGAUCGCCAUAUAAAGUCGAAGUUUAGAUACUAGAUCUUAAACGAAAGACGGAGAAUCAAAUCAUUGUUUUUUAUUUAUGCGUAGCAAAUAAUUGCGCGUACAAGGUCUCAAAUAUGAACUAUCUACAGCGAACCACAGCAUCUAGAUUUGCCAAUUCAUAAUCGCCUAAAUCCCGCGACUCCAAUCGACCAAGUCUAUAUAUUUUAGUUACGUAGAAUCGUUAUUUGGUAUUUUCAAGAGUAAUUUAGGAUAUAUGACGUUAUCGCCCUGAAUAUUUUUAUCAGAUAGUUAUGACAGUGUUUCUCACAAUUGUAUUAUAUCGAAAUUUUAAUAUUAAUAUGUGUGAUGUCAUUAAAUUAAGAGGAGGACACGAGAUUUUUUCAUUUCGCAAUUAAGUAUCGCUCAAUGUAAUUGAGCGCGUGAUUUUCAUUUAUCAGAGAUUUAGGUUAACGUGGAGAUAAGAAAAGGUGAAAUUAAUAGCCUACUCCUGGGACUUUUGAUCUGUAGGUCAGUUACUUAAAGUAUGUAACCAGCCAAUCGUGCCUUCGACCCUGUUUUAAUAAAAAUCAAAAUCUCAUGCCA